UUAAAAAUGGCGGAACGCAUUGGUGCAGUUUCUCAGGUUGUUGUUGAAAACGACGAAGAUGUUGAUGAUUUAGAACAAGGUGAACCUGAAGAUGAGUCGGUGAUUCUCCAGUGCAAGAACUGCAACACAAUAGUCGGAGACUCCAUGUCAUGGGUGUAUGCAAACGAUGAUUUAAAGACUGUAACUUUGCACAGUACAACUAAUGCAGUUACAAUGGGAAAGAAACUAAUGACAUCAACUACAGGAGGAAUAGACCUUGGAAGUACCUAUGUCCAUCUAGUCUGCAAACACUGCAAUGAGGUAGUUGGGAAAGUUUACAAGACAACAUCUAGACAGCUGGAUAAUUUACGUGAUCUCUUCACAUUCUCUGCACAUCAGAUAACAAGUUAUCAAGUUGGAUCUAACGAGCAAACAGCUGAUGUUGAUCUUCAAAACCAGCGGAAUCUACUGUCGCCAGAGUCCAUCAAGGAAGAAAUCUUAAAGAUACAAGUAAUGAUAUGUGCUCUGAAUCAACGCAUUGGUAAUAUUGAAAGCUCACUGGAGAUAAAAGAUGAUGAUGAGAUCCCAGAUGAGGAACAAAUCAAAGAGACGCCCAAAAACACCCAGCAGGGAGGUAGUUAUACACCCCUAAACACUCACUCUGAUGUAAUUAAAGGUACUGCAAGGGGUGAUCAAACGCCUAGUCUACAAGACAAGGUGAUCUCACAUCAUGGACAAGUUGGAACCAGUAGCCCAGUAGCUGUUCAGAAUGGUAGGCAGUUUACUUCUGGCAAACGUUCAAAGGAACAAACCAUGGCCUUAGGAAGUAAAGGGAAUAAACGCUCACGUUACAAGUGAUGUCUGACUGCCAAACUAAUCCUCUGACUUGGGAUUACUUUGCUGAACUUAAGUUUAGUCACCAGUGGUUUGUGUUGUCUUAUACCAUUAUGUUGGCUGGAGAAGUAUGCCUGUAAGACAAAAUGCCAUGUUGACCAUGGAAGAAGGGACAGUGUUUGAAAAGGGUGAAAUCCCUGUCCCAAAUGAACGACACUUGCCGACUGUUUUUAACCUUUUUGCAGUCCAGCAUUUAUAAACAAAACCUGUAUAUUGCACCAGGAACGUGAUGGAUUAGGGGUCCUGCUGGGAUUGUUAAGGAGAUUAACAGCUUAUAUUUAGAGUUAACCCUAGCCCUUGCAACAAACCCCUCAAUAAACACCAAAGGCAUAAUGUACCUAUGAUUGGCCGAGAGUUGUGCGUGCCACGUAUCAUUGGUUCACCACAGCGGCCUGUGCUGAAAUAUGUACUUUAUGAAAUGCAGCAUUUUUGUUGUCUUGGUACCCUGAAUCAAAGUAGUAAUAGUGAAUAGUGAUUCUUAUCGUAUUUGCAGGGACCUCCAUUUGAAUAACAUUGGUUUGAAUGACAGGGAACCAUAAUGGCUUUAAAAGUGACAGUCUAUGCAGUCUUCAUUCCAAUAUCAUUUAUUUUCUCUUUAUCUCAACAAACAUACUCAAUAUAUCAACAGCUUUGUUUGUUAUUAAGUUCCUAACAAGCAGAGAAGUACAUUUGAUCCACAAACUCCUUCGUAAAAACUUUAAAAAUAGUAUAAGCUGUUGCAGAAACUAAUUAAUGGCCUGUUUUUGUUACCCUACUAGUACAGUAGAGUCUUUUCUGAAGGCUAAAUGACAAAAAACAUAAACAGGUAUAUCGGUGAAACAGAAACAGUCAAAUUAAUGAAUUCUCUAGUGAACAAGCCUCCUAAACCCAUCCUUUUUGUUACCCUACUUUUUGUUCAUCCCCUGCUUUCUCAUGUGAACACCAGUCAUGCCAGUAUACAUGUUGUGCUGGUUACAUUGUCAUUUUAGCCUUCUAGAAAGACUCUGCUAGGAUUGAAACGUCAGGCAAUAAACUAUUUUUUGCAUCAUAAAUAGUUGAUAAAAAUGAUACUCAUUACACAAAUAAAUGUCCAUAUGGUUUACUCCUUGUCAAGGUUUCAUUACAAAUUGUCACAUUACUAUUAUUUACAACACACAGUAGGUUUGAAUAAACCACUUAUAACUUCUA